CGCGGCGUGCCCCAAUUCGGACUGAGGCGCCUCCGCCCGUCGCUAGCCUAAUGUCUGUGCCCUGCCAAUUCGGGUUAGCUCGCCAGAGCCAUCACUUUUACUGUAAUCAAAGUCUGCAGCAGCCAACGCAAACCAGCUUUGGUCCGGCCGCCUCUGGCCCCGUCUUAACCAUGUACAAGGCUGCACGCUCGUCCCGACCACCAACCCUGUUAUUUCGUUCUUUGUUGUAAGCGAGGGGGCCAUUGGCACCGGUAGUUUGGAUGUCUCCUUGUUUCCUGCCGUCUAUUGUUUGACUCUGCUCUUCGGGGAUAAUCCUGCUUUGUGCAAACGCUUAUGCGCAGAUGAUCGCCAACCCUGCCUGGGUUUCUUUUCAAGCCGAAGCGCCGUGCGUUUGGUCGGUGUCUCCCAACCCCUGCUCACUUAAUGCUUCCUCUGCCCUAGCGUAGAGGCUAAAGAAUCAAGGCACCCUCUUACCCUCCUAGGCCCUUGUCUUCGCUAGCAUCCGGCUGUGCCCAUCAAACGCCUCCCACACCUUUUCUUAUAACUCUUUCCACUUUUCCUACCUUCUUCUUAACCUUCUUUCCCCUUGACCCCAUCCUUGGCAAAGCGGUUUCUGUUUUACUCCCAAACCUGCAUUGUUUGGCGCCUUUAUGCGAAUAUCGCCAAUCACUGUUUCCGCUUGGCGUUCGAAACAAUAAUCUGCUUACCGCCCCCAUCGAUUGCAUUACUUAUUUAUUUAUACCCACUUUGUUUCUUUCUUCGACUUAUUCCACCUGAUUCUUCGCCACAUAUGGCUUGCAACUAAGCUUUUGUAUAAUAAUUAAACAACAAAGAGGUAAAGAUGGCACCAAGACAACUCGCCGCUCUUGGAGCCUCUUCUACUCUACCGUCAACAAAAUCCACGUUCCUUGACACGGCACCUAGGCACGCUAGGAAGCUAUCAAAGUUCAACGUCCGUGGAUCAAGCUCAUCGUCAUCAUCAUCAUCAUCAUCAUCCAACAAUGGAAAAGGCAGCGCCUCUACAACAGAGCACAGCUCCAGCUCCGACUCUAGCUCUAGCUCUAGCUCUAGUUCUAGCUCUACCCACGGAGGUGUGACCACCUCUUCCAACGAGAACGCAGGCGGCAGUGGCGGCUCGGACGGCCAUCCAAAACCAAAUGGAGCAGCAUCAACUCCAUCCAAACCAGCCCCAGAAGGCAAAACCCCAUCAGAAGCAAGCAAUCCUCCCCCCAAGGCUGAUGAUAAACCAAAGGAAGAGUCUUCUACCACCAAAGGCCCCAGUGCAAACACCACUCCGGGUGGAAAGUCACCUGCCGACACUCCUGAUGGUUCCCAGUCCAAGAACAAACCUAGCGCCCAAGACACUGGUACCAACGCACCAAAUGCUGCUUCCAACUCCAAUGCUGGAGGCAAGCCUAGCGGCCCUCCCCAAACCGCCAAUGCCAAUGCCAAUGCCAAUGCCAAUACCAACGCCAAUGCUAACACCGUUCCAGGCGCGCCACCCGUUGCCAAUUCGGCUGCGAGCGUUGAUGUACCGAAUGCUGCUUCGAGUUCUCACACUGGAGGCAAACCUAGCAGCGCUCCUCCAAUGGCCAAUGCUAACGCUAAUGCUGUUGCCGUGCCUGGCCAACCACCCGUUGCCGAUGCGGCUGCAAGCGUGGAUUUACCAAAUGCUGGCUCCAAGGGCCAAGGCAGUAAACCCUCUAGCAACACGCCCGCCGCGUCGCCACCUACCUCCAACAAUAUUGCUUCGUCUAAUGCACAGGCGAACGCUAACGGCCAUACCAAUAGCAACGCUGCUGCCAACUCCGGCUUUGGAGGUAAUGAUAACAACAAGGCUGAGAGCAGCGCCUCAUCAAACCCAAAUGGCAAUGCUGAAGGUGGCCCCCCUCCUACCAAAUCAAACAUAGCGACAUCCAGCAGCUCUAGCAACUCUGGUAGUGUCGGUGGCUCCAAACCACAGUCACCCGAUGAGGACGACCCAAAGCCACAGCCACGACCAAACCCUGCACCUCAAGCUGCUGCUGCUCAAAGUGAGAGUUUUGGAUUUGGCAACUCUCAUCAGAAUACUCCAGCUGUGAGCUUUAGCUCCAGUUCCAGCUCCGGCCCUAAAGCCCAGUCGUUUGACGAGGAGGAUUCACAACCGCGUCCACGGCCAAACCCUGCACCUCAGGCUGCUUCUCAAAACGAGGGAUUUGGGUUUGGGUUUGGAUUUGGGUUUGGCAACUCUCAUCAGAAUACUCCAGCUGUGAGCUCCAGCUCCAGCUCCAGCUCCAGCUCCAGUGCCAGCCACAAUGGAGGUGCUCCUGUCACAAGUUCAUCUAGUGCUAGCUCAAGCAGCAACGGCAAUGUACCCGCAACCUCGUCAAGCAGCUCUAGCGAUGGAAACUUGAAUUCUUCUACAUCUACUUCUUCUAGCCACAGUGAGCCUGCACCUCGCCCUGCUCCACCACCAAAACAACAAUCAUCAUCAUCAUCGUCAUCGUCAUCUUCAUCAUCAUCGUCAUCGUCAUCAUCAUCAUCAUCGUCAUCGUCAUCGUCAUCGUCAUCGUCAUCGUCAUCGUCAUCGUCGUCAUCAACAUCCCCUGGAGGUCUGGUAGGAAGUAUUGUUCAUGGCGCUGAAGAUGGUUCACGUACUCAGGCAUCUGCUGGUGCAGUAGCUGGCGGACAUGACCUUGGUAAACCCGGCGAGAUAAUUGGCGGUAUCGCAGGAGGUGGUAUUGGCGCCGUCCAAGGCGCAGGACAAGCUAUUGCAACGGCUGUUGUAUCCAUCGGAGGCAAGAAACCCCCCCAACCGGACCCAGCUCCACCUUCUCCUAGCGAGAAUGCCCCCCCAAAGCCCGACACCAAGUCUCCCCCCCAGAACUCGCCACCAGCAUCUGGUGAGAAGCAUGAUCCACCCAACGGAGGGAGUAACCCUAACAACAAGGGCGACGGACAAUCAAACGAUGGUAAAACAUCUCCCGGCACUGACGGCUCUAGCGAUGGAAGCAAUACUAGCGGAGGCAAGAAUGGUGAUAAUCCUGGAAAGUCGAAAGGGGAUGAAAUCAUUGCUAUGAAGUCUCCUGGCUCGGGCUCUAAGGUUACGAACCCUCAGGUUACCAUGCCUAAUGGCCAGUCCGCCGCUCCUGUUCCUGGCCCCUCACCCACAGACGGUAGCUCGCCGUUCAGUGCGAUUCGCCCUGACCCAGCUGCUAGUACUGGGGAAGGAUCUACUGGAAGCACACAGCCUGGAUCAUCGACCGAAGACGGACAUAACGGAAAACCCGCUAAUGGAACACCUGCCAAUGGAAUACCUGCCAAUGGCAAUACUCCCACUACUGGCCGUCCCCUCCCAACCCAGACUGAUAGCCAUGGUCACCUUAUCAUUGAUACUGGCUCGCCUGGUCUCAGUGGUAACGCUCAAAAAGCCAUCAUUUCAGUUUCUGUUAUUUUUGGAUUUCUCAUGAUUGCCGGUCUAGUCUUGUUCUUUCUUCGUCGACGACGUCGCAGGAACUACCGGGGCAGUCAAUACAGUGCUGGAGACUCGUGGCUUAUGGACCCUGAAUCACGAUCAGUAUCGCAUGGCAAGCCAAGCAAGUUUGGUGCUAUUGCUGCUAAGAUUCCCCUGCUUGGUGCCCGUCUCUCCAAUAACAAAGGAUGGAACAACUUGGGUGACGGCACCGCCGACAUCUUCGAUGAAAAGCGGGCUAUGGUUACAGCUUAUAACGGCCAUGGUCAAGCCACGAUGGCGGAAACCACUGGCGGCAUCGCCGUUGAGACCACAUUUUCCCGAACCAGCGAGGUUGAUGUGAGCAAAGCACCUGAGCCAGCACCUCCUGUACCAAAGCAUAUCUUGCAUGCUGCCAAACCCACAGUUCCUGGUGCUGUACCCGAUGCGACUACAUUCACUUUCCCUACCAUAGCUGUGACCGAAUCAGCACGCACCAGUAAUCUGUCAUCGCUAUCAUCUGGUUUUGGCGAUGGUGACAUCAUUGUCCCGCCUGCUGCCGUUAAGCCGCUCCCCUCUCCUCUUCGUCGCUCUAGCCAAGUUAGCAGCUUGAGUGAAGAAUUUGAACCCAACUUGAUUCGCUUCAGUCGGGUCAGCAGCAUCACUGAUGGCCAUUCCGUUAGCCGGGAAACUAUGGUUUCUGCGGUAUCGGCACUCUCAGACGACACCACCCCUCGUUUCAGAACCGUCAAUUCAUGGGUUCGACACCAAACAGGAACAUCCUCCAAACCUUCAUCGUCGCAGGGCAAUGAUGCGUCUACCCCACUCAUGCCUAACAUCCCUCCUGAACAGCAGUACAAUAUGAUGCGGCCAGAUGGUCAGGAGCCCAGACGAGUAGUGGACUCGCGGGGCGACUACAUUGGUUCAGCCAUGUGA